AUGAAGAAGCGGAGGCUGUACACACGAAAUCAAAAUUGUUCAUCAAUAAAUUCACUGCGAGCUGGAAUACACUCCGCUGCCUCAGAUACGAAUCCUCUGAGAAGCAAAAGUUCUCAAGACUUCAAGAGACGACGUUCCUGCCGUGUCAAACAAUCCAGGAGGCCCAAGGAAGAUAAUCGCAGUCUCAAAUUUACUGGUCUUAAAAAAAAAGAUGCUUUUGGUUCCCUCGAGUCUCUGUUCGACGUUAAAAGACCGUUGCAAAUACCCGACGCAUCGCAACUUUCUCACCGCUUGACGACUGACGAAAACUCCAAUUCUGAAUCGGACGUAGAUGUAAAAAAUCCGAAGCCGUUCAUCGUAAGUUUAUACGAAAAAGCGGCAGUCGUCGAGCAGGAGCCGAAUAUUCUAGUAGAAACUUGGCGAUCGAGCGAGCCCGUUCGAAAACCUAGAAUUAGUGCGCUCGAGGAGCUCGAGCGCGAUAUAAUCGACGAAAACUCGGACGAGGUUUCGAACGUCGACGAAAGUUCUGCCUCCGAGUCGGCCUCUAACGACGAAAUGGCUGAGGAAGAUCGCAAGAAAUCUUCGGUUUCGGAGGCACCGGAACUUCGUAGCUCCGAAGCACCGGCUCAACAGAAGGAGGAUAAACUUUCGGCUGAAGCAGCUCCGCUCCAGAAUGAAACAAAACGCUCCACUUUUGGUAAAAUCAAAAACGCAGUCGUCGACAAACUGAGAAAUAAAAGCGAUUCGUUGAAAUCUCCACGUAAUUCUUCGCAAGUUGGAGAAGGAAAAUUGGACGGUCAGCGAGAUUCGGUGAUGAGUUCAACUCCAUUGACGGAUAGCGAAGUGAUCAAAGAAAUGGCUGAGGCCGAAAAAAGAUGCAAAAUCGUGGCUCAGGAAAUAAAAGCGACGAAGGAUCAGAUCAGCGAAUUGAAACACAAAGAAAAUUUGACCGAUGAGGACACAAAAAUGAUUCAGGAGAAGCAAGCUUCGCUUUUAAAAAAAAUGCAAGAAUUCGAUGAGAUAACGAAAAAUAUUCAACGAGUAGUUGGAUUAUCAGACCCGUCGAAUCGCACUUUUGCAAAAAUGUUCGACAUGUUGCAAAAUUCCCAUACGAAAUCAUCGAUACCGGAGGAAGGUGAGGCCGAGAUUGAGAAGAAACCGGAAGAAAAAUCGAAGAAAGUCUUGGAUUCUGAGAAGUAUUUCGCUUUGCCAGAACCAGAGUACCCGGAGGACGAGCUCCCGAGAGCGAUUAUUUGCGGUUUCACCGAGGACAAAAUUCCAAAAAUUGUCAUCCCGGACAGUCGUCCAAAGGGAGCGAGUUGUCUGCAGAAUUUAACGGGGAAACUCAGCGAAUCGUUGAACAUGCAGGAAAAACUAGUUCAAGAAAAUGCCAAACUCGAGGGUGGCAGGUACAAACUCGAGGAAGCUCUUCUCGAGAAGGACAACACGCUUGACAGUCUGGUGCGAAAAGUAUGCAGUCUUCAGUCUGAGAUGCGAAUAGUUGUGAAGGAGAAUACGGAACUCAAUCGACAGCUCGCCAGCUUGAGCAACUCUCAACGAUCCGGCGGCGCUCCCAGUGGUUGCUGCUCCGUAACUCCUGCCAAUAAUUCUCCACGAUCGACCAAUCGCCAGCAAAGCUCCUAUUCGUACAGAAGCUCACCUCGCAGGGACGACGAAUCCUGCUGCUGUAGACGGUGCCUCGAAGGUCAAUCCGAGUUGGGGACUCGACAGACGAGCACUGUAUGCGUGAAUCCGGAAAGUUUCAACGCAUACCAAAGAUCGUGUCCAGCUUCGCCGAGGCUCUCGGGAGGAGGUUCGAAGGACGGUUAUUAUUAUCCGGGUCCAGGGGCUGAGCAAAAUUCUGUGAUGUGUUGUCGAGCUCCAGCAGGUGGCAAAGUGCCCGGUACUGGCGGACGUUCCUGUCCAGCAGAGACUCAAAAUCGGUCUGCGGACUGUGGCAACAGUACCAAACAACUUGCCCAACAAUUGGGAAGCAUGGAGUCCGAGAUACGAAACAUGCAAAUGGAACUGGCGAACGUACAUCGUGAGAGACAGCAGUUGGAGCAGCAGAGAAAAUUGCUCAAAUGCACUGGCCCUUGCGCUCCAUGCUCGUGUUGUCCUCCAGGGAGUUUCCCAGUUUCGGGACCAGCUCAUCAGCCCAUGAUGGUUCCUUGUCUGGCAGGUUCGUCCUUGCCAUCGAAUCAGCAAGGGCUUCCGGACGACGCGAUGAGUUAUCCUGGGUCCGUGCAGCAGCCGAAGAUGACACAGCAUCAAGAUCCUACUUCGUGCUCCGGUGUCUGCACAAUUGCCCCCAUGGGAGCGAGCACGUGUCCGCAGCAACAAUUACGAGACCUACGGGAACAAUAUGCCAGACUUCAGGAAGACUACAAAAACAAACUAACCGAAGUUUCUUGCAUGAGAACGGAAAUGGACAAAAUGAAGCAGGAUGCACGCGAGGCUAAGGAAGAACGUGGUAGAGCCGAAAGUCGUCUUUCCGAAAUUCAAGAACGAAUGAAGAUCGCUCAGACUGACAAAUCACGAUUUCAUGGCAGUAGAGAACAAGCGGUGGAACAAGAGCAAGCACUUUUAGUGGCUAAACAGCGUUAUCGUGAGGCUCAGGACGAGCUGGAGGAACUCAGAUCAUUGAUACAGGAUCAGGCCAAUCAGCUGGAAGAUUAUCGUAACAAGUAUCUCCAAGCACAGGAAUUGGUUGAGGAACAACGAAGACAGUUGGAGCUUAUGGAAAUGGACAAUGCUAGGAUGAACGAAAAUGUUAAUUUGGAAAUAGGCAGAGUCAAGAACCAAUUUAAAGAAAAGCUUGCCGAGCUUGCUCCACUGCCAGACAUAUUGAAGCAGACACAAGCGAAGUUACAGGAAGUUCAACAAAUGCGUUUAAUAGCGGAAAGGAACUGCGAAGAUCUAUCGCGAGAAUUGUUGACGUGCAAGGAAAAGUUGAACGCGUUGUCGACACAGUUUACGAUGAUGAAGAGUGAAAAUUCAACGCUUCACGAUGAGAAGGGUUUGGGUUCUGGCCGUUGCGACGAGCUGGAGAAGAAAGUCAGUGAAUUAAAGAGCGAGAACGAACGCAUGAAGAGUUCGAUCGUCAGAUUCGAAGAACAGGAAUUCAUGUGGGAACAGAGAGUCGAGGAGAAAACUCACGAAAUCGUACAAUUGACAGCGCUGCUCGAAGAAGUCAGAGAAGACUCGGCCAGGCAAGUUGCCCGAACGAAAGAACGAUGCGAAACCGUGAGAAGAACGAUGCAAGGACAAAUUUCUGAAAUGGAAAAACAGUUGGCCCAGUGCAGAGCCACUGCUCGUGCUGCUCAAAAAGACAGGGACGAAAUUCGUCAAAAAAUGCAAGGUCAAAUAAACAAUUUGAUGGAAGCUUUCGAGCAAGCACAGGGCCGAAUCCGUUCGCUGCAGGGUCACGUAAAUUAUUUGAAGACGUCGUACAGCAACAUAUUCAAUCCCAGUGGUCAGGGCGAACCUUCGAUGGGUUAUAUGCAAGGUGAUACAACGGGGCAAGGUUACGAUUCCUGCGAUUGCAAUUAUUGAAGAGAGAGGCCUAAAAGCGUAAGGGGAUUGAAGCAAAAAACUAGACGAUUCGCUUAUAUAACAAGACGUUUACUUU